AAUUAGAGCUGAAGAACAUUUGAAAAGUGCAAUUUGAAAAGAUAACGGGAGUGUAAUAGCCGCAAUAGUGCAGUGUAGUGCAAUAUUAAGAAACAUAAUGAAUUUUGUAAUAUUGGCAGCCACUGUAAGUGGACUGUUGAGUUUUGCAAAUCCUGCUAAGGCAAGUCUUAAAGGAUACGAAAAUCCUUGGAUUAAUUUUGAAAUUGCAAAAAAUGAAAAUGCAGUGUGUGCAAAUAGUGCAAAUAGUUAUCAUGCAGAUCCAAAGCACUGUCGAAAUUUCAUAGAGUGCAUUAAUGGAAUUGCUUAUAGGCGUCAAUGUGCCUCAGACAUGUAUUGGAAUCAGAAAUAUUUCACUUGCGUUUGGUCCUCCGAUCAUUGUAAGGAUAAUAAUGCCAAUGUAUGUGCGAAUGGUGAAAUGUAUCAUGCAGAUGCGGAGGAUUGUCAUUAUUUCAUACAGUGCAGUAAUGGCACGCCCCAUAGGAAGAAAUGUGCGGAGCCAUUGUUUUGGAAGCAACAGGCAUUAUCCUGUGUUUGGACCUCAGAUCAUUGUGAGGAACAAAUGUCACCAAGCACCACAACUCAGAGGCCAACCACAACGACCACACCAGAGGAACCCACUACCACGACUACUCUGAGGCCUACCACAACGACCACAGAGGAACCAACUACCACCACUACACUGAGGCCUACCACUACAACCACAGAGGAACCUACUACAACUACUCAGAGGCCAACAUCAACUACCACGACUACUCUGGGGUCUACCACACCGACCACAGAGGAACCAACUACCACCACUACUCUGAGACCUACCACCACCACUGCAGAGGAACCUACAACUACAACCACAACGCCCACACCAACAUCAACAACCACAGAAUUUCCAACUCCUACUACCACGCCAGAGGGUACAAUUGCCACGGACUCCACAACUCCUCCAACAACCACAGAAAAUCCCCCAAUAUGUGAGGACAUCGAUAAACCCUAUCAUGCCGAUCCCUAUGAUUGUGAAUACUACAUUGAAUGCAUUGAUGGACAAGCUCAUAGAAUGAAGUGUCCCAAUGGUUUAUACUGGAAUCAAUUGGUCAUGGCUUGUGUAUUGGGUAAUGAGCAUUGCUCCAAUGAAACGUUGACCACCACAACUGAAACUACAACACCUACUGCACCUUCCUUUAAAUGUGGAGAGGAACUUUCUUAUCAUUCAGAUCCUAAUAAUUGUACAAAUUACAUACAAUGUCUGCAUGGCAUAGCAACGAUUAUAAAUUGUCCUUUCUUCACUUAUUGGGAAGAAAAUGUGGGAGCCUGUGUCAUUGGCAGUUGUCAGAAUGAGGAGACUACCACAGCCAUACCUACAACAAUCUCAACAACUACUGAAGCAGCAACCACCGCAAAUGUGUGUAGCGAUGAUAUAUCCUUUCAUGCGGAUCCUCAAAAUUGUACACAGUUCAUACAGUGCUAUGAAGGAAAUCCUUUCACCUUGUCCUGUCCUGAGCAAACAUAUUGGAAUAUUUCCACGAACGCUUGUGUCAUAGGUCAAUGUGAAGUUGCAACUACAACUGAAGGGCCUGAAACAACUACACCCUCCUACCAAUGUGAGGAGGAUGAUGUUUCAUAUCACCCGGAUCCCAAUAAUUGUAAAAAUUUUAUACAAUGUUUGAAUGGCACAGUAACUGUUGAACAUUGUCCCCAAUUUACAUAUUGGGAGGAGAAAAUUGGAGCUUGUGUGGUUGGUACUUGCCAAAAUGGGGAAGUGACAACAGUUGCACCAACUACAACCACUACAGUUUGGACUACGAGUCCUACAACUCCCAGUAUUUGUGGUGAAGAGACCUCCUAUCACGGGGAUCCGGAAAAUUGUACACAAUUUAUUGAAUGCUAUCAGGGAAAUCCUUUCACCUUGCCUUGUCCUGAGCAAACAUAUUGGAAUAUUUCUGUGGGAGCUUGUGUUAAGGGUUAUUGUGAAGAUUCCAUUACCACUGAGCAACCAGAACUCACUACACCCUCUUACAAAUGUGGAGAUGGACUAUCAUACCAUCCAGAUCCCAACGAUUGUACAAAUUACAUACAAUGUCUUAAUGGUAUAGAAACAAUUUUGAAUUGUCCCCAAUUCCAAUAUUGGAACGAAAGGGUAGGAGCUUGUGUUGCUGGUAUCUGCCACAAUGAGGAAGGUACUGAAACCACAUCAGUUAUAACAACAACUACAACAGAAUCAACCACUACUUUAACCACACCCAGUUUAUGUGAUGAUGAGACAACAUCCUUUCAUCCCCAUCCCUACAACUGUAGGCAAUUCAUACAAUGCUUUAUGGGUAGUGCAUUAACCCUACAAUGUCCAGACGAAACAUAUUGGAAUGUUUCCAAUGAAUCUUGUGAUUUUGGGUAUUGUGAUGAUGAAAUAACUUCAACAUUGAGUACUGUAACCACACAGCAACCAAUAAUUGAUCCCAGCAUAUGUGAAGAUGGUGUGCAAUAUCUACCAGACCAUUAUGACUGUCAUUAUUUAAUAGAAUGUAUCAAUGGAGUACCCGUGAGAUUGAAAUGCGGUUAUUCUAUGUAUUGGGAUCAACAAAAAUUGGCAUGUGUUUCAACUUCUGAUCAUUGUGAUAAUCAAACAUCUGUUUUUCCUACACAUCCUGUGGUCACCACAACUUCGCAAGGAGCAUUUUCAACAGAAAAAACUACGACAUUAUCAACACCUUCAACAGCUACCAAUAUAUGUGAGGAUAUUGAUUCAGCUUUUCUACCACAUCCCAACAAUUGUACCAAAUUCAUACAAUGCUUCUAUGGCAUAACGAUCACCAGAGAAUGUCCACCGUAUACUUAUUGGGAUGUAAGUAGGGAAGCUUGCGUCAAGGGUGAGUGUCCCCAUAACACUACGGAAAAGCCUACAAUGACAACUGAGAUGACUACGACUCCAAUGACUACCAUAACCCAGGAACCUACGGAGGAUACAAAUCCAACAGAGGAAAGUCCAACUACAACUGAAGAAGUGGAUACUGAUUCAACAACUCAGGAGUCAACUAUGGCAACAUCUACAGCAGAGACUACAACAACGGAUACUAAUACAAAUCCAACUGGAGAAACAACAACCACUGAAAGUCAAACUACAACCGAAGAAGCAGAGCCUGGUUCAACAAGUUCAGAGUCUACUAUGGUAACAUCAACUGCAGAAACUGAAACCACAACUGAACAGUCUAAUACAUAUCCUACUGGGGAAACAACCACACCUGAAAGUCAAACUACAAGCGAAAAAGCUGAGACUGAUUCAACAACUCAGGCAACAUCCGCUGCAGAGACUGAAACCACCACAGAACAGCCUAAAGAAACUGAAACAACGGCAGCUAAUACAUACUCAACUGAAGAAACAACUACCUCUGAGAGUCAAACUACAAAUGAAGAACCCAAUGAAACUGAAACCUCGAAAACCACUACAGAGAUUCAAACUACCACUAUAGAACCUAAUGAAACCGAAACAACUGAAGUCAAUACCUCAACGAGUUUGGAGACUACGAAUGCUGAAGUUCCAAAUACCACUGAAGAACCAAUCGAAACUGAAACAACUGAAGUCAAUACAGAUGCCACCACUGAAGUUCAAACUACCACUGAGGAAUCCAACAAAACACAAACGGCAGCUGAAAUUCCAACUACAACAGAAGAACCCAAACCAAAUGAAACCUCAACUCCAGAAGAUUUGACAACGGCUGAAGAUAACAACCAAACAAUGGAAACGGUAGAUGAGGCCACAACUUCUAAACAGUAUACUGAUGAAAUCGAAUCAAGAGGAGAUUCAACUACCGCUGGUGUAGAGGCAACGGAACAAGAUUUAAGAUCUAUUUCUUUACUUCACAGUGGACCCUUAAAGAAGGCCACUUCUAAAAUUUUACAUAUUCCCUUGCAAGCUGAAGAAGUGGAUGCUGCGUAUGAUGCAAUUCCCAUACAGUGCUCCAGCACCAAUCAGUUUAUAGCAGAUCCCAAAAAUUGUCAUCAAUUUUAUGCGUGCCACAAUGGCAGGUUAUAUCUAUGGACUUGUGGUAGUGAAUUAUAUUGGGAUUCCCAAGAAAAUGUAUGCAGUGCCAGCAAUGAAAAUUGUUCAAAGGCAUGAGGGAAAAAAGUAAGUGACUAAGUCACCAGCUGAGAAUAGCUACUUAUUUACUCUAAUAACUUAUAAUAAGAUAAGAUAUUAUUGUUUAUUACAAAUAUAUCUAUAAAUAUAUGCAUUCAUUUAAGUA